CACAGCAUCAGUUCCUCGCCAAAACCCCAAUAACAAACACACAAUGUUCAAACUCGCCGUCGCCGCCGCCAUCUUGGCUUACGCCAACGCCGGUCUGAUCGGCGCCCCCGUGGCCUACUCCGCCGCCCCUGCCGUGAGCAGCGCCUACAUCCACCAGGCCUCCCCCGUCGUAGCCGCCGCCCCCGUCGCCUACCAAGCCGCCGCCCCAGUCGCCUACCACGCCGCCGCCCCAGUGGCCUACCACUCCGCCGCCCCCGUCGCCGUCCACGCCCCCGCCAUCGGCGCCUCCCACCAGAGCGUCGUCCGCUCCCUUGGCGGCAACCAGGCUGUGUCUCAUUACUCCAAGGCUGUUGACAGCGCCUUCUCCAGCGUGCGCAAAUUCGACACCCGCAUCACCAAUGAUGCCCUCACCGUAGCCCACGCCCCCGUCGCCGUCGCUCACGCCGCCCCCGUAGUCUCCACCUACGCCGCUCAUGCCCCAGUCGCUGCCUACGCCGCUCAUGCCCCAGUCGCCACCUACGCCGCUCAUGCCCCAGUCGCCACCUACGCCGCUCAUGCCCCAGUCGUAGCCACCAAAGCCGCCGCCGUCGCCUACUCCCCCGCCGCCGUCGUUUCCCACGCCACCUUCAGCGGUUUGGGAGCCAGCUACGCCUGGUAAAUGGGACUGACUGUUUGUAUAUAGUUUAGACUAAUUAUUUAUGAAAGAAUAAAAAAAUCGAAGAGAA